UAAGGUCGCCAACUUCAAAAGAAGACUUAACAAGAUCAGCUGCAUCAAGAUAAACGGCAUUAUGGUUGAAGGUCAAGAAGCAGUUGCAGAUGGUCUGGUUGACUUCUACACGAAUUUUUUCAAGGAAUCAACACCCAAUCGACCUUUCCCAAUGCAUUACACCAACAACACCAUCUCCAACCAUGAGGGCCUCGUCCUCACACGCCCUUUCACCGAAGAGGAGAUUUGGGAGUGCAUUAACGACUUCGACGGCUGCAAAGCUCCCGGCCCGGACGGCUUCACUUGGGAGUUCUACAAGAAGUGUUGGGUCUGGCUGAAGAACGACGUGGUCAAUGCUUUCUCCGAAUUCCACUCGAACGGAAAGUUGCCUAGAUGCGUCACCCACUCAUUCCUAUGCCUGCUCCCCAAAAGAGACGCUGUGGAAGAUACCAAGGACCUAAGACCGAUCAGCCUGAUGGGAUCCAUCAACAAACUAGUAAGCAAGGUCCUGGCGGUCAGACUCAGCACGCUGCUGCCGAACAUUGUCUCGGACAACCAACAAGCUUCAGUGAAAGGGCGACAAAUCGCUGAUGCGGGGCUGAUCGCUUUUGAGCUCGUGGACAGCAGAAAGAAGAGCAAGAAACCUGGCCUCAUGUUCAAAAUCGACAUUGAAAAGGCGUUCGACAACGUCAACUGGGAAUGUCUCUUCAAGGUUCUGUCGAGAUUGGGUUUCCCCUCAAAAUGGCUCAAAUGGAUUCAAGGCACUAUGUGUUCUCCCCUGGUUUCUAUCCUCAUCAAUGGUGAGUCCAGAGGCUUCUUCCCCAUGCACAAAGGCCUCAGGCAGGGCGACUCACUCUCUUCCGGUCUUUUCGUUUUGAUUAUGGACAUCCUUGACUUCAUGAUCAACAAAGUUAGUGCUGAAGGAAAAAUUCAGGGGUUCCGAAUGAAUGAAGACAAUAACAGCGGCGAGGUGACUCAUCUCCUCUUUGCUGACGAUACACUCAUAUUCUGUGAAGCCUCAUAUGACCAAGUUCUCAACAUUGUAGCCACGCUUGUCUGCUUUCAAGCGGUGGAGUUCCGAACCGUCAAAGUACUUGGGAUUCCCGCUCGGGGCCAAACUCAACGCCGUCUCCACAUGGGACUCCAUCAUCGACAAGUAUCAGAAGAGAUUAGAGGGAUGGAAGAGCAGGUAUCUAUCGAUGGGAGGAAGAGUAGUCCUCAACAAAACAGUCCUAUCCAGCCAACCUGUGUACCUCUUUUCCCUGCUGAAGGCUCCGAAGACAGUGAUCAAUAGAAUGGAAGGCAUCCAGCGCAGAUUUAUUUGGAGCGGUAACAGUGACUCGGCGAAGGCUCCACUAGUAAGUUGGGAGAGAUGUAAAGCUCCUCGAUCUCAAGGGGGACUCGGUAUCACCGAUCUGGCAAGCUUUAAUGAAGCUAUGCUAAGCAAAUGGCAUUGGAGAUAUGCCAAUGAAAGCAAUAGAUGGUGGAAAACCUUGAUCAGUCAUAAAUACCCCAACACUCAUUCCCUUUGGUACCCCAACAGAUGCAACAAUGGUUUUGCCAACUCAGCCUGGGCCAACAUCUCGAAAGUUCACGACCAGUUUUGGAACUCGACCUGCAUUGAUCCUGGCAGCGGAGCGUGGUGUUCUUUUUGGCAUGACGUUUGGAUCCCCAAUACAUGCCUCGCUGCCAACUUCCCCCGGGUCGCCGCGGCUGCGUCCGAUCCUGAAGCCAGAAUCUCCGACGUCAGAAACGGUAAUGUAGAAGGUAACCAUUGGGAUUUUCAUCUAAAUAUUAUGCUAAGGGGGGGAGCUGAGCGGGAGUUAUGUUCUUUAAUUGAUUUCCUUGAUAGACAUGCCACUAACAGGGUAUCCAGCGGACCGAGCCGUCCUGUCUGGCUUCCCGACCCAGACAACGCCUUCUCUGUUCAUUCCAUGUACAGGACAUUGGUGAAGAACAAAUUCCAGGGAGACCCCAAUUUUCCCGCAAAAUCCAUCUGGAAACACGUCAUCCCGUCAAAAAUAUGCAUCUUCCUCUGGCUGACAACCCUAAAGAGGAUCCAGACCCUCGACAACCUUAAAAGAAAAGGGUGGUCGAUCGCCAACAGAUGCGCUCUAUGUGAAAAGGAAGAAGAAUCCGUCGACCAUUUGUUCAUCAAGUGCGACUACGGUAAGGAAGUUUGGUACAAGUGCAGAAUGGCCUGCCCGAGCAUCGCCAACACCAGUGAGGACAUAUUCUCAACAGUCAGAGAUUGGAAAUCCAGCACCCCAAACAAUAUCAAUGAAUGGAUCAACUUUUGUGCUCUGCACGCGAUCACGUGGCAGCUGUGGCUCGAGCGCAACCGACGAAUCUUUCAAGAAGCCAGCCAGAACCCCACAACUGUCGCUCGGAAAGCUUUUAAUUUGAUGAUUGAAUGGCCUACUGCUAUGGGGAAAAUCACUAAGGAAGAGGGGCAGAAAUGGCUCCACGAUCAGAGCACAAGAGCCCAUCUCAACGCUCCGUGACCCACAUUUGUCCUGACGUUUCGUAGCGUUCGUCUGCUGCAUCGAUGGAGGGAUCUGCUGCGGAAAGUUUUUUAGGCUCUUGAUUUCCUGCUGUUGGGUGGGUGAUGGAGCAACUGGGACACAAUGAUGUAUUCGUUCCUUUCUUUUCAUUUUCUUUAUUUCUUCCUUUUCACUCUUUGCUAUCUUUGUUAUUUUUGGUUGUGCCUCUGUGAGAUCAGGCCUUGUGAUCUCCCAUGCCUGUACAGCGCUUUGCUGUCUUUCUGUUUCUUUUAGCAAUAAAAUUUCAUCGCCAUUAUCAAAAAAA